AUGCACGCAUUGAAGCUAGAAUCGACCAUAUUGGCGGCUGUGGCAGUGUCGCUGGCUUGUGCGGCAGACUCCGGGACGAGCUCUUUCGACUACAUCGUCGUGGGCGCGGGUACCGCUGGAAACGUGGUGGCAAACAGGUUGUCCCAAGAUCCUAAAAUCUCGGUAGCCGUCAUCGAUCCUGGUGCCGAUUGGCGAGGCAACCCGAACGUCACAAACCCGAUGGCAUGGUUGGAUAACAUAGGAAGUUUGACCGACUGGGCCUAUCCGACGGUCCCACAGGUCAAUGCCAGCAAUCGUGUGAUUGCAUUCGCCGCAGGAAAAGGCAUAGGAGGCUCGAGUUUGAUCAACGGUAUGGCAUAUAUCCGUGGGGACAAGGCACAGUUUGAUGCCUGGGGGCGUCUCGGAAAUCCUGGUUGGAAUUGGGACACCAUGUUGAGGUACUACAAAAAGGUCGAAAAGAUCUUCCCACCGACACCAGCGCAAAUGAGGGUCGGGGCGUCGAUUGAACCGCAGUAUCACGGAACCAGUGGCGAACUUCACGUAGCCUUUGGCCCGAUGCUUGAAAACGGCACCCUGCACGACACGCUCAGAAGCUCAUGGGCAGUCAUGGAAGAGGGUGUGAACCAAGAUCUCAACAGCGGAACCACCAAGGGAUUCAGCGUUUGGCCGCAAACUCUGGACCCAGAGGAGAACAAACGAUGGGAUUCUGCUACUGCAUUCUACUGGCCCAUUCAAAGUCGCCGAAACCUCAAACACCUCAAUGGUACUGUUUCCAAAUUGCUUUGGAAGACUACUAAUGGCCCCUCGGGAGCCGAGGUCGCUGGUGUGGAAUAUUUCGAUCCUGACGGGCGAAGGAGGACGGCCAAAGCCAGGAAAGAAGUCAUCAUCUCAGCGGGAGCACUACGGACACCUCUUAUUCUGGAGCGUUCCGGCAUCGGCAACCCUCGUCUGCUCAAUCAGAAGGGCGUCAAAGUAGUGGUGGAUUUACCAGCAGUCGGAGAGAACCUGAUGGACCAACCACUAAGCUCUCUCUUCUACAACACCAGUGCGAACAUCAAAGGCUACACCUCGUACGCUACAUUCGUUACUGCGGCAGAUAUUUACGGUACCAACGUUGACAAGGUUGCAAAAGACACCAAGGCGAAGCUUGGCCAAUGGGCUCGGCAACUAGCGCAAUCCAGCCUGGGUGGCUUAAACGCCUCCGCCCUCGAGCACAUCUUCGAGAUCCAGCACGAGGUCAUCUUUGAGAAGCAUGCCACACUGGCUGAGAUUAUUUCCGGGACACUGGGAGGCAAGAUCGGCAGUACAUACUGGGACCUGAUGCCCUUUGGUCGAGGCAGCGUGCACAUGAGCUCCGUCGACAACUUGAAUGCCCCGGUCAUUGACCCCAUGUAUUUCUCUCUCGACUUUGACCUUGCCACCCAGGUCGAGACGGGCAAAAUAGCCGCCGAGUUUUGGACCACAUCACCGGCGCAGACAGUCAUCACAGGGCAAUUCGCUCCCGACGCCACGGUAUUGCCACCGAGGGCCACGGAUGAGCAGUGGAAGAAGUACGUGCAAGAUUCCAGUAGUUCCGUUUCUCACAUGAUCGGAACUGCGCCGAUGAUGGCCAGAGAGCUUGGCGGCGUCGUAGACCCUGAGCUGAAGGUGUAUGGGACGAAAAAUGUAAGAGUUGUGGACGCGUCCGUGUUACCGAUGCAGUUUAGUGGACACCCGACAGCAACGAUUUACGCCGUUGCAGACAGGGCAUCUGAUGUCAUUCUCGGACGGCUCAACUGA